GUGCGGUCCGUGCUCGCGCUAAAAUGGGAGAUUCUUCGGUUUUUUCCAUGAUUCGAUGAAGAUAAAUGUGAUAAGAGUGAAUUUAAACCUUUUCCCACCUCCCGCCGUUGUUCACUGUGCAAAAGUCGGCCGGAAAAGUCUUGAGCAAGGGAAACAGGCGAAGAAAACCACCAACAAAUCAAUGGUCAUAGGAAGCUGGGGAAUGUGGCUUUAGCAGCCGGUCCUCACUCCGUCCUCAACCUGCCCACAGAUGUAAUCAGUGAAACGGGGCUUCAGUGAAACCAGCAACCAGCAGCAUCCGAUCCGAUACAAAAUACCGAAAAUCCGAUCGCGAUACCGGUGCGUGCGAAAACCGACAAGUUGCUCGAGAGAGUUUGAGCACGGGACAACGAUGGCCGGAGACUUUUCCGGUUGCACGGCACGGAAGAAAAACCGGGCUCAAUCCAUCGAGUACAACCCGGUGAAGACGGACGGUGGUCAGAACUCGAAGCAACCCACCAACCCCAUGACGACCCGCAGCGGUCUUCGAGUGUACAAAAUUGUCAUCCUCGGGGACGGUGGGGUCGGCAAAUCCGCGGUAACACUGCAGUUCGUCAGCCACAGCUUCCUGGAUUAUCACGAUCCCACUAUCGAAGACUCGUACCAGCAGCAGGCCGUGAUCGAUGGAGAGGCCGCGCUGCUCGAUAUCCUCGAUACGGCCGGGCAGGUCGAGUUUACGGCCAUGCGCGAUCAGUACAUGCGGUGCGGCGAAGGUUUCAUCAUCUGCUACUCGGUUACCGAUCGGCACAGCUUCCAGGAGGCGUCCGAGUACCGGAAGCUGAUCGCACGGGUACGCCUUACCGAGGACAUUCCCCUCGUGCUGGUAGCGAACAAGCUCGAUCUGCAAUCGCAGCGCAAGGUAUCGACGGAGGAAGGCAAAACGUUGGCCAAACAGUUUGGCUGUCCGUUCUAUGAAACUUCGGCCGCGCUCCGGCACUACAUCGAUGAGGCAUUCUUUUCGUUGGUGCGCGAGAUACGACGAAAAGAAGAGCAACGGGCACUAAACGGUGGAUCGAGCUCGGAGAAAAUCCAUCCCCGAAGGCGUAGCCGUUGGUGGCGAUUGCGUUCCAUUUUUGCGCUAGUCUUUCGACGCCGGCGAAACCUUACCAGCACCGAGCAGUAGAUGGAGAGCUUUUCUAGUGAUCACCUGCGCCUUGCGCAGCACUGUUUCCCAAAGAUGAUCUGUAUUAUUUAUCAGCAUUACUACAGUAGCUACAUAGAGAGCUACGGGUAGAGUUUUCCGAUCUUACACGCCCACCCUGUGCGUGCUUCAAUCAACGAAACACUAAACUAUCUCAUGUUGCGGUUCUGCUGCACUCUAGCUCUAAGUUAAUUUUUUUUUUACAAAUAAUUAUGUUAAAAUGGUCAAACGGAAAACCAAAGUGAUGAUGAUGAAGGGAAUGAUUUUAACAACCAAACACCGUUUUACACACAGGAUAUCUGCGCCACAUAAACCGUUUUUAGAAAGUAGCACUGUAGCUGUCGAAUGAAGAACCUCCCUUUGUGUUCACGCGGGUAGUACCAGCCACCGGAAGUGGUUCCUUUGAGCAGGCCCAAUGCAGCAGCCGUUGGAGUUUGUUGGUCAGUUUUUUUUUCUUCCUUUUUUCAAUCAGUAUUGAUAGGAUAUAGACGAAAGUAAACGGUAGCAUUAGAGGGAACAUCCCUUCCAUGAUCCAACGAACGAACUUCCGAUGUAAUGUGUGGGCACGGUAUGUUAGGUUGAACCUCAUGUACGAUGUUACGAAAAGUCUCCACGUAUGAUGCACCUAGUGCAAACUAUUAAUUUUAGGUUGCAGAACACUGGUAGCGAAGUUGUUUUAUGGUCGAAAUUUAUAAACAUAUUUAUUUACAAGCAGAUGUUGAUCGAAGAUCGGUAUCGGCCGGCCGUAAGCAUUUACACAGCAUACCCUUACGCAAACACAUCAGAAAAAAAACAAAUCAAACGGUAAUCAUGCAGCGCAAUCAUAGGCUGGAAUAGCCAGGAAGAUUCUUAUCUUUGUGGAAGAUGAUUGAUAUAGAAAGUGUAGCGACGCAAAGAAAACCAUACCAAACCAACCCCCCAAUAUCUGUGAUGUACGGCAAAUCAAUGAAUGUACCGUCAUAUGUUAUUCAGUGUCCGCUAAGAAUCAUAGUUUCUCUACUAUGCUUAUUACUUAUAACGAUGUCGAUUAUUUUACGUUCUCUUUGAUAAAUGUUCAUUUAGAUACUACAGCGACUGUAAAGUCUAAAGCUUUAAAAAAUGAUUUCAACAUUACAAAAGGGAAGCGUUUGGUCGUUCUGAGUAUUAUUUAUAGCUACCAAACUAGAUCCUCACUUGUAACCCUCGGUAGAUGGCAUUCUUUCGCGGACAAGAUCGAAGUUAAGCGAUGUGGACAUACCUCUGCUUGUCUCGCCACGAUUCGUUAAUCGUUAUUCAAACCUUCCAGCAUUGAAACUGCUCCCGAUAUGUUCUUUGGUUAGAUUCAAACAAUUUUCGACCGCCAGUUCCGCAUGUGGCAGCCAAUGGAAAAUGGAAUUUUAAUGUUGCCAACGAUGCACCCUGAAGACUGACCGUCGUCAGCAUCGGUACGGGGCAUAAUUCGUAUCGCAGAUUCAUGAAAGUAUCAAUAUAAUCCACAUGGACAUUGAACUGUACGCCUAAGAUUUAAACAUAAACGACAACAAACACUCAAAAACAGGGUUAAAACGUAAUAGUUGUAAAAUAUAAAUAUAAAUAUACAGCAAAACCAGUUCUUAACAUAAGCCAGUUGAUAGCCGCGAAGAUGUUAAAAAAAGCAAUUGAUAGCCAUCACCUAAUCGCGUUGUCUCGCAAUGCUACCGAGAAGGAAUUCUGAGCAACUUUUGGGCGAAAGCGCAUAACGGAACGGGUUCAUUAUCAGACGCGUAUUCAGGAAAUCGAAGACCUUAGUUUUACCAUCAAUUCAUAAACUUACUUAUCUUUUUUUACUAAUCACCACUGGAAGAUGCAAAACGAAACGAAUGAAAACCGGCAAUAAACCAAAGAGGAGAUUAUAUGCAUAAUCAGUAACAUAAAUCAGUACACGACCACGUUUCUGUUCUGUUUGAACUCAAAAGCAAUAGUAUUAGGACCACAACUCCGCAACAGGAUCAUACAACGUAUAUACCCUGGACAGUUAUUUACUGUCAUAAUUGGUAAGAGAACAGGAAGGAUUUGAUUUGCAAUAGGCGGGCGUAAUAGUAGUAUCGGCGGACACAACCGUUGUCUUACCUAAUAGCCGUGAACCUAGAACGGUAGAGAAAACAUUGUUCGAGCAAGAGGGGGUCUUGCUGAUAGAAUUGCUCGCAUUAAGCAGCAAUAGUUGAUUUCUUCGUGAAUUGACUGGGCCAUUUGGACCAGAGACUUUUCAAUUUAGCUACAGAACUUUGUUGCUGCGGUCGCCGUUUGUUUCCUGCUCUUAUAGUCGUUGCCAAUGAGUAGAAUGUUUUUGGAUUGUUGACGAAAUAUUUCCUUCGAUACUUUGCUAGUGGAAUGUAUGUGACUAAGAAAAGCCCAGCACCAUUGGAACGUGAUCGUCUGUGGAGUGGACGAGCCAUGUUCGAUACGGUCCGAGUGAAUUGAUCUUACCACUGGCCAGCGACAAUAAUGAAAUGCAUAACCAACUCGAUACCAAAGGCUACAGACUCUGCCGGCUUUUUAAGGAAUUGUAUACUUCUGAUCUCGUACAACAUCUGUACUUUAUUGGUCAUCUGUGUAGCGUCCGUUUUAUUCAAAUUAAUUUGCAUUGCUUUGUUGGAGGUGCGGCAUUCAGUUGGUUCUCCAGAGAAAUCUCGAAUUUAGGACAGCGACAUGGUAGCCUCAAAUGGGUUGAUAAAUUAUAUUCUUACCUAUAGCGACCAGAACCAUAGUUGAGGGGAGUAGAACUCAUACAGCAUAUAGAAGAUCUUCAGUUUCGCGAAGCAAAACACAUGUAGGAAGUACAUUUUAGGUUCCCCUUACCUUCCCUACCAACAGACAGGUGAUGAUUAAUGUCUUCGAGCGCGAUCGCUUGGAGUUUCCUGCGGACAGUAAAUAAACUAGGAUAAGCGACGACCAUUAGAAUGGUCGAAAUUUCAGUUUUUAAUGUUAUGGCCUCGGUGAAGAAAACCAAGAAUGUUGUUGCAUAAAAAUCAUGCUGGAGAGCAUCAAAUGGCCACGCUGUUUGGCAGUAAGAAA